GUUUAAUCUGACAAAAUGGGCAACGAAGCAUCCCUUCCGGAUCUCUGCUCUACGUUUGAUGUAGAAGAAAUCAAACGUUUGGCCAAGAGAUUCAAAAAGCUAGACCUGGAUGGCUCAGGAUCACUGAGUGUAAAGGAAUUCAUGAGUCUCCCAGAGCUGCAGCAGAACCCUCUAGUUGCAAGGGUCAUCGAGAUCUUCGAUACAGACGGCAAUGGAGAAGUUGAUUUCAAGGAGUUUAUUGAUGGGAUGUCCCAGUUUAGUGUCAAGGGAGAGAAAGAAGCUAAACUAAGAUUUGCUUUUAAGAUCUAUGACAUGGACAAGGACGGGUACAUAAGUAAUGGCGAAUUGUUUCAAGUGUUAAAAAUGAUGGUUGGAAAUAACUUGAAGGAUACUCAAUUACAACAAAUUGUGGAUAAAACGAUUAUGUUUGCUGACAAAGAUGGAGAUGGUCGGAUAUCAUUUGAAGAAUUUUGUGAGGUUGUCAGUGGUCUUGAUGUCCACAAGAAAAUGGUAGUCGACGUUUAG